CCGGUGGUGCAUCUAUGGUUAGUGCGAGACAAGCUUUUUGAUGCCCGAUUCCCCCCCCCCCCAAACCAACCCACAAAACCUCAGAAGAUGUCCAAAAUGAUGCCCCUCAAUACAAGAGAGAAACAAUGGCACCAAGAUGGCUUUCCCCUACCCCUUCACGCCAAUGCCAGGUUCUGAGGUUCGGUUAAUUUUGGUGGUCAAUUUACUAGCCACACGUGUGGUUAACUGAAAAGACCAGGCCUCAUAUACAUCGAGUAAUUUGUUUUAUUUCCUGAUGUAAGUGACAUCAAAUAUGUUUCUGGACCCUAUACCGAUUGGUCUAGCAAGGCGAAAGCCCAUUUUUCCUGUUAUGACGUUGGUUGUUCUCAGCUCAGAUCCCAAGUGUUGAAAGAUACUCCAAUAUGAACUCUAACACAUUUGUUGAAAUAAUCAGCCCGCAGGAUGACUUCAUCAAUCGCAGGCCAAAUUUAGACUUCUGAAAAUAUCCAGGGAAUGUAUAAUGUAUUUAUGUGAAGACCUUUCCCUAAAGUUUGGACUGUCAACUGCUUAUACUCGAGCAUGUAUACAGAAUUCUUGUAUCUGCCAUUUGAUAUUAAGACACGAAUGAACAUCAGAGACAACGCUAAUGCCGUGUGUGAACCAACCGGCCAUGGACUUACGGUGGCUGUCGUGUGUGAACCAACCGGCCACGAACUUACGGUGGCUGUCGUGUGUGAACCAACCGGCCAUGGACUUACGGUGGCUGUCGUGUGUGAACCAACCGGCCAUGGACUUACGGUGGCUGUCGUGUGUGAACCAACCGGCCAUGGACUUACGGUGGCUGUCGUGUGUGAACCAACCGGCCAUGAACUUACGGUGGCUGUCGCGUGUGAACCAACCGGCCAUGAACUUACGGUGGCUGUCGUGUGUGAACCAACCGACCAUGGACUUACAAUGGCGGUCGGUCGCGUAAAGGCUUCGCGUUUUUAUGUUGAAGUAUUUCUUUCUAGCGUUCCACUUUAUUGCUUGAUAGAAGAGUUUUAACUUUUUAUAUAUGUUCAUUAACUUUGAUAUGUAAUACUGCUAUCCUUUCAUGUUUGUAAACGAUUUGUAAACCAUCUGGGGAGAUAUUUACUUUUUGUAAGACCGAUGGUAUUUUAUUGAUGUUUUCUGAGCCGAUUUGUUAAUAAAGCUUGGGUAUAGUUG